GGCAGGUUGUGACUCGCUGUGCGCAUGCGCCGUGACUGAAAUAUUUCAUGUGUUGUACGUCGUGUCCGGUGGAGGUCACAGCCGUUGGAGCAAACUGAGGUUGCUGCGGUCAUGGCCAAGCUGUUUGAGUCUAUCGGAAAGUUGGGGGUCGCCCUUGCUAUUGGUGGAAGUGUUGUGAACUCUGCCCUCUUCAACGUUGAUGCAGGACACCGGGCUGUAAUAUUUGACAGGUUCAGAGGUGUACAGGAUACAGUUGUCAGUGAAGGAACCCACUUCCUCAUUCCUUGGGUUCAGAAGCCCAUCAUCUUUGAUUGUCGAUCCCGCCCACGUAACGUGCCUGUCAUCACUGGCAGCAAAGAUCUGCAGAAUGUUAACAUCACACUGCGUAUCCUCUUCCGGCCGGUGACGAAUCAGCUGCCCCGCAUCUUCACCAGCAUCGGCGAGGAUUACGAUGAGAGGGUGCUACCCUCUAUCACCACAGAGGUCUUAAAGGCUGUUGUGGCUCGGUUUGAUGCCGGGGAGCUCAUCACCCAGAGAGAGCUUGUGUCUCGACAGGUCAGUGAGGAUCUUACGGAAAGAGCUUCCACCUUCGGACUCAUUUUGGAUGACGUAUCACUGACACAUUUGACCUUUGGUAAAGAAUUCACAGAGGCUGUUGAGAUGAAGCAGGUGGCCCAGCAGGAAGCAGAAAGGGCCCGUUUUGUUGUAGAAAAGGCCGAGCAACAGAAGCAGGCUGCCAUCAUUUCAGCAGAGGGGGAUUCUCAGGCCGCCUUGCUCAUCGCUAACUCCCUGAUGGAAGCCGGUGAUGGUUUGGUGGAGCUCCGUAAGCUGGAGGCAGCGGAAGAUAUCGCCUUCCAGCUCUCACGCUCCCGCAAUGUUACUUACCUGCCGUCGGGACAGGGCACGUUGCUGCAGCUGCCCCAGUGAUAGCCUCCCACCUUAACCAGCUGUGACAUGGGCCACGGAGGGGCCUGCUGGAUGAUUCAGCAGGUGGUUCUUGCAUCUUCACAUACAUUCGUCCCACUCUUUCUCAAACUACUAUUGGACUUGGCUCUGCUGUUUGCAGAAUGGUGGGGGAUAGAGUGAGAGGUCUGUGAAUACAUUUAUGAAGUCCACUUUUGUGUAUGGAAAUAAAGAGAAUUAUUCCACCUUUAUCGUAAACAUAUAAAACUUUGAGGAAGAUCAUUAGUGUAGUUAAUUUGACUUGCAGCUUGCUCUCAGAACGGGAGCAUUGCAUGAAAGAAACUUUGAAGUAUCAAGGGAACUGGUAACUGAUUUAAGACAUGCUAAAUUGCAAAUGUUAUUGUGCUUGAAAGUUGAUUUGUAAAACAGUUUUCAGGUCUCAAAUGAAAGGCUUUCUUUUGAUUUCACCCUAUAGGGUAAUUUUCCACAAAUAAUGUUGCCAUCUUGUACAAAUUAGGAUGUGCCUAUCUAAAAAUAACGUGUAUGUUCUCUUUAGUUUAACUGACAUUGUCAGAAAGCCCCAUGUCUCAGAAAUGACGCAAGUUAAUAAAGAUGUCUUUCUACCUCCUA